CACCCAGUCACACACACAGUCCCGUCGGCUCCCUCUGUUUUACUUUGUGGAAUAGUGGAUUACUUUGUAAAUUGAGCCACUCAUCGAAUAGAUCCAGGCAUGAUCAGGUGGCAGUGUGUCGGAGCAGUGCUGAAGUGUGAGAUGAACCAUGGAGGCGCGCAGGAGGCCAGUCACUAGCCGAACAAGCAGCCGCACCACCAGCAGCAGCAGGAGAAGCAGUAGCCCAGGGAGACCCCAGAGCAUGCAUCUGGGCCCUCACUAGCACCAAGUGGACCGGGUCCUCUUCUCUUCACCUGGGGCCAGGGCUGCAGAAUGCUCAGUCCUGUCACCCCAUACAGCCUGUUGAAGAUGCACUGGUCUCCGGAGCACGCCGCCCCUUUAUCUCAGUGGCCUGAGCAGCACCUAGAUGUCACCUCUACCACCUCGCCCCCGUCUGGCCAAAAACACGACCCCUACGCUACAGCUGCUCGCCGCAGCUAUGCCCCUGCAGGUUACCCUUGGGCCAGCGAUGACAUAUCAGCCCUUACUGCUUCUUCUCUGCUUAAACGCUAUGCUGAGAAGUACUCUGGCCUUGAGCUGUCCUAUGAACGCCCUGCUGCAGGGGCCUACUCUGAGCCUGGUGCUUUCCUGAAAACUGAAUCUGAGCCCUGGGCUCUGGGUCAGGGCAUGGAGUGUUACCCUGGACUAGAGGCAUUAACUGGCACCAAGGCGGCUUCUGCCUCUGUGGGCAUCCCAGCCACAGGAAGUGUAACAGUAGUGAGCAGUAACUUAGCCUCUGAGCCAAGUUACAGUGCUGCUGGCUCCUGCAGUGCCCCAUCAUCUCAGGAAUACCCUCCUGCCUACAACAGCACCUACCUGUCCUCAGGAUACUGCCCUCAGCCUAGCGCAGCACUUCCCCCUGCCACUCUACACUCUUUGCAGGCCACACCCGCUCUAGUGCCCAGCUACAGUGCCAGCACUCCUGUCUACAACUACCCUCCAGGGUGCUACCCCCAAAGCAGCCUGUCUUCUGGAUACAGCCACCCCAGUGCCUCCUACCUGCCCUCUGGGAUUAGCGCCCCAACUCCUCUGGCCCCUAGGCCCACCAUGGUGGGGGGGGGUUACAGCUACGCAUCUCACAGCCUUGGAGGGACCUCCGAGGCAGGGGUGCCACUGAAACGCAAGGCCUUUGAGAUGGCAGAGGAAGGACAGGAGGGAGCAGAGGUGGAGGGAUCACGCUACAGAAAGUAUGGCAACGGCCAUGGAAACAGUCAUAGCAAAGGCCACGGCAACGGUCACGGCAACGGCUACGAUAUGAGCGGCACAGCCUCAGAUCCACAGGCCUACAAACCUGGAAAGCCCCUGAUGUCACCCCCAUAUGGCGGAGCAGGGGACUACAGCCCACCAUCAGGCCUAGCGGGAGAGAGUGUAUCAGGGGAGCACAACUUUCCUCAGCAGCAGAGAAUGUCUAUGAAGAUACCUGCAUCGCACACACGUUCUGAGGACCCCGCUGGAGGCCGCUGACAGCCCCAGUCGGCAUUUGAGAGGACUCCCUCACUUUUUGAAACCAACCAGGGUUCUUAAUCCAGACAGAUUUAGACGAAUGACACUGGAUGUGUCAAUGAAAGGUGUAAUUUCACUAGAAAACACAAGAGGGCACAUGACUGGUAUUUCUUGUGCAUCUUCAACAUUUUUGUUAUUCAUGUUUUUCCAAAGAUUCACAGGGGCCUUUUGCCCUGUAAGGUUGAGGUAAGUGAGGCUGAGGCAUUCUCUACAUAUAUAGCAUUAAGACAGCCUAAAUGUAUGAGUGUCUGUUUCUCUCAGGAUCCUAUUUAUUUCUUUUCUGCUACUGUGGCAACAGCACUGCAAUGUUGCUGAUUUAGAAGUCGGUGUAAUUAUUUGUGGCCAUUAUGUAUGUAAAAGGCCUUUGACUGCAAUAUGUUCUACCACACCAUAAAAAUCAUUUCUGACCAAAAAGUAAGGAGAGCAAUAAGUGAAAUGGUGAGAUUGCCAUACUACUUCAGCACAAUCACUGAUACUUUACACAGCUCACUCCAAGGCUUGGUGUUUCACUUGGCCUUGAGAAAUGAAUGUUUCCCUGCUUAUCGCUUUCCCUUAUACAACCUUUUUUUCCGUUUCCUUAACCCUUUUUUUUCUCUCAUUCUUUAUCUAAUCUCUAUCCUGGAGCCCUGCCUCCUGCUCUCAACCUCUUUCACUGCUAAACAACUUUUGUCUUUGUCCAGUUAAUACAUACCAAGCUGAUUAUCAAGUGAUUACAUGAUAGUAAAAAUGAAACCGCCCUUUAAAUAGUUUGGACGUAAGGAUAGAGGGAGGAAAUGAAAAACAUAAAAAAAAGAUUUUAUGUUCAUUUUAAAAUGUAUUUAGCAUUCACACAAUGACAGUAUACAGAGUAUAUGCAGAUCAUCGUCAAAGCUUGUUGUUUACAUUCAGAUUUCUGCUAAUCCUAAAAUGAACAGGUAUAUUUUCUGAAAGAAUCUGUGAAUCAUAAUACCUGGCUCAAGCUUAUAGCUUCUCUUAAGUAUUCAAAAUAUCACAAGAAAUAAUGAGGAUACAAACCUACCUACAAAAUAACCUAAAAACAAAAAUAACCAUGCUUAAGUCUGCAUACUGCAUACUACAUAAUAAAAUUCACUCUGUUUUGGAUGCACAGCCCAGACUGGGAGGAGUGUAGGUUGAAGUAGAGGAUAUAUGCUUCUGAGUGAGUGCCUCUAACAAUUAUGCUCAACAUUACAUUCUUUAUGAAGCUCUACCUGCUUGUCUUCUAGGAUUUAUCUUUUUUUAAAUUUGCAUUUUCUUUACCUUUGCCUCUCUUAAAGGAUGAUUUAUAGUCAUGUUAUUGAAUACUCAGGAAGAAUAUUGUUACCUCAGAAUGAUAAAAUAAGAAUGUAUGUUAUUACCUUAGGGUGUUUGUAAGGAGCUUUAUGGAGCACGAUGAAAAUGGAACCAUGGCUUUGUCAAAGAGCAAAAGAUACUCUGAACACUUCAGGGAAACAAUGAACUCACAAGGCCUUUGUUACUAACAGUAGAAAAUACGCAUACACACACAUGCAUGCACACACACAAACACACUGCUACUUAGCUCUGGGGAAAUUAAACUUGAGGUUUUUGUACCAAGGCCUGAAAUGUUGAAUGUAAUUCAGAUAUCUUUUUUAAAAGGACAAUACAUGCCAUAAUGUACAUCGCUGAUGUUUUUCAAUAUAUGAAACAUAUUUUCUUCAUGUAUAGAUGUAAUUCUCGUAUAGGUUUUGGUGAAGAAAUGAAUGACAUGUUAAGUGUUAGUGUAGUUAGCAGUGGGGAAAUGUUUUUGUGGACAAAAAGUCAAAACAAAGCACUCCUGAUAGACGUUUGACAUAUCAAGACAUACACAUACUACAGUAUAUGCUCUAAAAUAGGUAUUUUUAUUAAAUGUCUUAAUAAAGUGUCCAAUUUCCGUUUCCCAUGUCAGUAUUUUAAAACUGCUUCACAGCGUGUCACCAGUCAAUCAGCUUGAAUUUAGCUUUAACAUGAACUGACACCAUGAAAUAGGGAGAAGUUAAUUGUGACAAACAUAAAUAAAGGAUGUGCACUGUCAGAAAAAUGUUCAGUCACAUCUCUAAACCUUUUUUUUUUUUUUACCAAGUUGUAGCUUUGCUGCUCCACUAUUUCUUCCCUUCAUAAAUUGUGCCAUACAAUUAUUAAUUAUUUUGGGCAAAAUUAAGCUGUUUGGGGGCUGUAACAAAACUGAACUCCUGCCUAAAAGCAUGCCUGGAUAGUGAAUCCCCUUUAAUAGUAAGAUUUAGGCUGAUAUGCAACUUCAGAUUUAGUCUGAAAUUCAGUGUGACGAAAAAGUAUUUGAAUGUCUCUUUUGGAAAUAUAAGCACAUUCAUAAAAUUAAACUUACUCAGAAUGUGGUUGAGUGUGAAACAGAUUUUUCUUAAAAUUAUGCUGAAGAAAAAAUACGGAUGAAUAAAAAGGUGUUAAGCAUAUAAUAAUGUGUUCUUACCCCCAGAUUUUAAAAGUAUUUAAGCGCUUAGCUACAACAAUUGAAUGCUCUUUAAUACCACACAAAGAAUGUGUUCUACAUUAACGUACAUUAACCUACACACUGCAAAAGACAACAAUGUUUGCUGCUUCUUGGUGUUACUCUGAUUCACUGAAGUAAGUUGAGUUGAAUUUGUCCGACAGAUCAAAAAUGGGAUUUCAGUGUUAUCUUUGUAAUUCAGUUGUACUUUUGUUGUAUCUUGUAUAUUCUCUGUAAACAUUUCUACCUCAUUUUGAAGACAUUGUACAUGAAAAAUGUUUAUUUCAUGUCAUUUCACAUGCCAGUUUAAGGAGCAAUGUUUCUAAUUCUUGACCUGUUAUAGUCUACCUCACUAAAGACUGUUGUGUCAUGGAAAUGAAGAUAUCAUACCAAAAAAGAAAAAAAACAAACUUGACUUUGUCUUUUUGUCUGUGAAAUUCAAAAAUGUUUGAGUGUCCUCAUCUUUCACUAAAAUAUAUAAUGGCAAGAC